GACACCGGAGCAGGUUCCGGGACGUGCUGCACGCCAGCAGCGCGGCAGCCUCGGCCAAGCUCAUGUCCCAGAACGUCUCUGGCCUCGGAGGAGGCCGGCGCAUCUCCGGGCCGAAGGUCAUGUCCCAGAGCAUGGCGAGCUUCUUCGCGCCAGGCGACCAGCCGCCCGGAAGGCAGCACGCGGCGGCGGCCGCGGUGCCGUCGGCGGACAUCACCGCCGCGGGCAAAAGGUUCUCCAGCGGCAGCCUGGCGGGCGCGGCCACCGCGGCGAAGGCGCAGUCGACCAUCGCCCUGCCAAGCCUGCCGCCCUCGCGCGGCGGCUCCGGCGGCAACGGGAUCAGGGCCGCCGACGGCUUCCAGAAGUCGACCCGGCUCAGGAGGAACAAGCACGCGGUCGGCCCCGGUCACGACAUGAGGCAGGAGGCCGCCAAGCUGAAGGCCGGGCCCGCCGUGGGCGCGGCGGGCUCCCAGCCCGCGCGCUUGCUCGCGCGCGUUCCCAUCGACACCAGGGUUAUGUCGGGCCUGUCCCCCUAA